GACGGCAGACCGAUAGACGAAGAAGAGUAGUGGGUACGAAAAAUCGUGCUGGUAAACGUUUGACAUAAAAGAAAAAAGAAAGCUAUAAAAAUGCUUCCCCUGUCUCUGUUGAAGACUGCACAGAACCAUCCCAUGCUAGUGGAGCUGAAGAAUGGAGAGACAUACAACGGCCACCUGGUUAGUUGUGACAACUGGAUGAACAUCAACCUGAGAGAAGUCAUCUGCACCUCCAGGGUAAAGCUGGCCAUUGCUCACUAUGCUGUAGAACCAGCCGACAGGACAUGUAUGAUGUUUGUUACUGAUGGAGAUAAGUUCUGGAGGAUGCCAGAGUGUUACAUCCGUGGAAGCACCAUCAAGUAUCUGCGAAUCCCAGAUGAGAUCAUCGACAUGGUGAAGGAGGAGGUGGUGUCGAAGGGCCGUGGACGCGGUGGUUCCCAGCAGAACAAACAGCAAGGAAAGGGGAGAGGAGGAGGAGCCGGCCGAGGUUUGUUUGGCGGCCGUGGCAGAGGGAUGUCCGGUCCUGGACGGGGCCAGCAACAGCAGCCUGACAAAAAAACAGGCAAACCUCAGGGGAUGAAAAACCAGCACUGACAGAGGCCACUGCAUCUUUAAAAACCCAUCCUGUUAAUAGAGUGAUUCAAGUUUCAGUACAUGACAAUAAUUCUCUGCUGUUUCUUUCUGCUGUGAUGUUGAGAAGGACUGAUCGUUGCAGGCACUGCGAGACACAUGAGACAAGCAGUGAUUAUGCACUGAGGGUUUUUUUCUUCUUUAUUGUUUGGGUGUCUUUUUUUUUGAGUGAGUGUAUCACACAAAAACAUCCUUUUCGUAUUAAGAAAAUACUAAAAAACUAUCAUUUUUGCCUGUGUUGGUACACUGGAAGCUUUUUACUUUAAGCUUUUUGGACAGCCGUUUGCUCAGGCGUAAUUUUCAUGCUGUAGAAAGCACCCAAUUCCAAAUUCUGUUUCAGAAGUACUUUUAAAAGUUAAUUUGUAUGCCCUUUUAUUUUACUGUCUGUUUGUCCUGUGCGAUCUGAUCACAGCAGGUGAACAGCUGAGAGGAUUCAGUCAAUGGACAGUUUUGUUGAAGCAUUUGUAAGACUUACACAACCAUGAUUAGGAUUUCAAGAAAAAAGUCCAACAUGCAUUUUGUUGGUUGCAUUUCUUUUUAUUUUUGUAACAAAAGACAAUGUUGUAAUUUAUUUACAUGAGAAUAAAAUGGCUUUUGUUAAAGCAUCUGUCUUUAUCGUUGGAUCAAACUGCCUUGUUGAACUGUUCAUUUCAUGGAUAAAUAUGUCCUUAGAAUUACAACAGAAAAGUUACAUCUCCACAUCUCACAAUUCUGGCUGAAAGUACAAUUUUGAUGAUCCCAAAGUGAGCGAGAAUGGUUUUGGUUAUGGUUACCUUUAUAUCCACAUAAAAAUCACAUGGCCUU